GAGAAGACAGGUUCAGUGAUACUGAAUCAUUCAGGCCUUAGAUCUUGUUGUGUUUUGUUGUGUGCUUCAGUCUCUUUGUUCUUUGUUUCUCUUUCUUUCACACUGGUUUGAAUCUGAACUCUGGUCAGUGUUGGGAAACACUUGUUUGGCCAGUGAGUGUGUUCAGGCAUAUCUGUUGAGCCUUUUGGGGGAACUUCUUAUUAAAUGAACACAGAAAAGAGGACGUAACUUUUACGGCAGCAUUUCAACAAGGAAGGCUGAGCGCCAUGAGCAAAGGAAAUACAGGUUUGCCGGCAGCAGCCGUUUGUCUUUGGCUUGUGAUCUCAGGAGCUCUGUCGCAGACUUCGAGCACCGUGGAGGAAGAUGAAGCUCCCUGUGAGAGUUAUAUCCGCCAGUCCUACUCCAUGUGUGACGGUGAACGGGAAUAUAUCAACAUGAGGAAACAAAUAGUUGUGGAGGCACUUAGCAAUCUGGGAAUCGACUGUGAUGAAGAGACCAUUCCCCGCAUCGCCUUCUUGGCGUCAGGGGGAGGUCAAAGGGCGGCUGUGGGUCUGGUGGGUUCCCUUUAUCAGCUGAAAAAAGCCAAUCUGUUGGACACUGUGCUCUACCUAGGAGGAGUUUCAGGGUCAACAUGGUCCAUGGCCACUUUGUAUGGUGACCCAGAGUGGAGCAACCGUAUGGACGAUGCAGUGCGUCGACUGUCUAGUCCUGGGGUGGAGCUGAAGCAGGCGCUGGACUGGUUGACUGAGAGGAGAAACGAUAACAUCUUCUCCCUCUCUGAUAUCUGGGGCGUCUUAACUUCUGCAGGGAUUAUGAAACAGCUGGACACACGGCAUCUUUCAGACGAAUCCUGCAGGAAUGCCACCAACCCUUACCCCAUCUACUGUGCCGUAGAGAAGGAGUGCCUCCACAGCGGGCCAACAGAAGGGAAAUGGUUUGAGGUUAGUCCUCACGAGGCCGGAUUCCCGGAGUUGGGUCGUUUUAUCGAAACAUCUCUGCUGGGGAGUAAAUUCCAGGGUGGGGAGAUGGUGGAGAAGAUGCCAGAGAUGGACAUGGUUAGACUACAAGGUGUUUUAGGUUGUGCGUUGGCUCAUGGGGAGACCAUCAGAUCUCAUUCCCCGUCCUGGCUGAACAUUACUGAAUAUCUGGACACUGCUUCCAAGUACGUGCAUAUGUACAACACCCUUCAGUAUCUGAUAGCCCUGACCAGAAGCACCAUCAAUAAUCCUAACUCCGUCGAUGCUAUCGAAAAGCUGCAGAAAAUCCUCGAAGAAAAGGUGGGUGAAAAUAAGGCCGAAUAUCUGAAGGCAAUGACUACGGAGGAAAAAGCUAGACUUGUUCAGCAGUGGACCUAUGACAUGCUGCCAUUACUAGAGACCUGGUGCCAUAGUCUGGAGGAAGGGAGUUUCAAAAAACACAUGACUUUCCUUAUAGAACAACUCUUACCCCUGAUUGUGAAGUGGGAGUGGGGAACGACGCAGAACUUCCUCUACCAAUACGAAGAUUCCUCUAUUCCAGCAUGCCUCUCUGGAGAGAGAUUACACCUGUUAGACGCCGGGCUGCUGGUCAACGUGGCUUACCCUUCGUUUCUGGGCGACAAGAGAGACAUCGAUCUCAUCAUUGCACCGGAGUAUAGCGCAGGAAAGAUGUUUGAGACCCUGACUAUGGGCAGAGACUAUGCAGCCGAGUUUAAGAAGCCCUUCCCAAAGGUAGAUGACGAAAUCUUGAAGGACAGGGAUUGGCCAAAGGACUGCUACGUGUUUGAGGGAAAAGAGAGGGAGCCCACGAUUAUUUUCAUGCCGCUCUUCAACAGAAAUAACAGCAAAGAUGCGGCAGAUAUCAAAGCAAAAAUGAACGACUUCACCACUUUCCAGCCUCCCUUCACUCAGGAGAAGCUUGAAUAUUUGUUGGAGACGGCAAAAGCUAACGUGAAGAACAACCAGGACACGUUGCUGAACGAGAUUAAAAAGGCUUUCCGACGUAGACUGAGCAAGCAGGGUCAAUGAAGUCUGUGGAGUCCCUGCUCGUGGAUUGUUGUUUACCUGGUUUGGUGUGAACUACAAUCUGCAGUUUAAUGAUAACUAUAGGUCAGACACUGACGUCCCCUCACAUAACUGAAUGAAAAUAUGUGUCUGAUAUUCUUUCAUUCUGCUGUCCAUACAAAGCCAAAAGUAUUCCACUAAUAAUCCGAGUAAUCAUAAGAGAACUUUAUAUCUGAUUGAGAUUAUUAGACAUUAUCAAUUCAUUAAUAAACUUUAAGAACAUUAUAAUCA